UUAUUCCCUAUUUUCCACAGCCCCAUACCCCACCCCCCUUUCAUCCACCCCACCGUCUUCUUCUAGCCGGUGAAAUUUACCGGAAAAUCCUCAAUUUCUCUGAUCCAAUCCUCUACUGAAAUCACGGAAGAUUUCAUUAACUUGAAUUUUUUUAAAAAAAAUUGUAAUAAAAAAAAAGAAAAAAUUGUAAGAAGUUCUAUGGGCGAAGAAGUAAAAAUCACCGACGGUGAUGCUUUCACUGGAGACGAAAACCGUGUUCUCGAGUGGGAAGAAGGACUUCCGAGUCUCGAAGAUCUAACGCCGUUAUCUCAGGCGUUAAUCCCGCCGGAACUCGCGUCGGCUUUCAAAAUCUCGCCGGAGCCGGCGAAGACGUUGUCCGACGUCAAUCGCGCUUCGGAGAGCACGUUUUCGUCUCUCCGCGGCAGCGGACCGUUGCAACAAUUACACAUUUUGUCCUCACCGGAAACGGAUCCGACGGAAAAUGGAUUGGAUCCGAGGAAGACCCGAAGGAUUGAUCCAGAGAUGUUAGACGCGGAUUCAGCAUUAAUGAGGAAUGAGAAUUGUGGAGGAGGAGAUGAUAGUAAUAAUAAUUCAGCGUCUAAGACGCUGAACAAGCGGCCGCGGCUCGUGUGGACACCGCAGCUGCACAAGAGAUUCGUGGACGUGGUAGCUCAUUUAGGGAUAAAAAAUGCGGUGCCAAAGACGAUUAUGCAGUUAAUGAACGUGGAAGGAUUAACGCGGGAAAAUGUUGCGAGUCAUUUGCAGAAGUAUAGGUUGUACUUGAAGAGAAUGCAAGGGCUGUCAGAUGAGGGGCCCACUUCUUCCGAUCAUUUAUUCGCGUCCACACCCGUGCCACAGAGUUUGCAGCAGUCCGGUGGUAAUGGCCCUAAUAGUAAUGGCCAUAACAGUAGCGGUUAUAACAGUAAUGGUCAUAAUGGUAAUGGUCAUGUACAAAUGCAAAUGCCUAUGCCAAUGCCAAUGAUGUAUCCCCCACAAAUGGUGCCAAUGCCUAUGAUGGGAAUGUCAGGACAUGGACAUGGGUUUCAUCAUCAGUAUAAUAUGGGGGCGCAACAGCCAGACUGGUCUGGAAAUAAAUUUGGUUCUUAUCAUCAUGUUGCUCCUAGUGACAAAUAGCUAUAGUAGACCAAAAAAGAGGGUUGAUUACUGGAUUGUUCCAUCAGGAAGAUUCUCACUUGGUGGAUUGCAAACUAGGAAUUCCAGUUAGUAUCAUUUAGGAUUUUUCAUUUGUUUAGAUUCCGUAGAUUUAUAGGGAGAAAAAUUUCAUAAAUUGCUCUAAAUUUCUUAGAGCAUAUUGGCCUAAGAUGAGUUUAAAUGGAGUAACAAGGUCAGUGAGGAUUCAUAUAGCCGACCCCAACUUAUUUGGGACUGCAGCAUACUAAUAGUAGUUGCUCGAAAUUUCUUAGAGCCAGGUCAUUUCUGAUUGUAGCUUCUUACUCAAAAAGGAGCUUAAUACAUAAUUGGAGAACAAGAUAAAAUUGUUGUUUUGAUCACACUUUUCUUGAAAGAUAGUACAAUAAUUUCGGAUUC